AUGGUGAAUAAUAGAAAUCCAUGGCCUAUGAGUCGCCCGCGCGGUUCGGUAUGGCGCGAUAUGCGCAAAAGCAGGAAACCCAGCCCAUCGACAGAACUAGGUUCGCCGCACCCCGCACAUGUCGUGCAGUUGCUGUGUGACACCGUGGCUGGGUCGACGCAGGUAAGUGGGUAA